AUGCGAGAUAAGCUUUUCAUCAAUAAGGAUGAUACAUCUCCGUCGUUAGCCAUUAGGCUGACUACUAGAGCAAUGCGGUUGCUUUUUCUUCUGAAAAUGUUUCAAUAUACAUUCCUAGAAUUUGAACUAUUGUUUGUCCUCCCCAAUGGUAGUGCGAAACUUAUAGCAUACGUGGUAUAUUCGAUCUUUGUCUCCGCUUGGGGUUUUUUAGUGUGGGCAGAAAGAGGAUAUAGAAAUAAGAUGAACCUGCAGCCUUCAAGAUGCACAAAAAUAAAGUGCUCUUGCUGUAAUUCAAGGAAGAAGCAUCCUAGAUGGUUCAAAUAUAAGAACUGGAUGUACUUUUUACUAUUAUAUCUUUCUCUAGUAUAUGUGAAUUACAUGACUCAAUUGCUUCUUACUGGAAAAAGGGUAGUUAGUGAAGGAAUACAUUUUUUUUUAGGAAGACAUGGCAAGUACGUGACUUGUGAAGAAAUUUCAUCCUAUAUAUGGCAGUUGCAUAUCGGUGCCGUGCUAAUUCAUUUCAAGACAUCCCGUCUAUUCAAAAAUUACUACUUGCAUAACGGUCCUUUUGAAGCCGAUGAUAGAAGUAUUACGAAUGAAAAAGAAAUCAGUGAAUGA